CUUAAAAAGGAAGAAAGGAAAGGAAAAAAUACUUAAGGAAGAAAAGAAGAAAAACAAAAUCUGCAGCCCAAGGAUGAGGCAGUGAGUGGAAAGAACAAUUUAACUGGGAUCAACAAGUGGGAAUUUCUGCACUUUCCUUCCCAACCCUGCAAGCUUUACAGAAACUUGUUGCUGGAAAAAGAAAAACUUGAUCCCUGCUUUUUCCUUUGGACUUCUGCAUUUCACAAGGGAUUUUUUAGGAGGCAUUGGAGAUGCUCCCCAAGCUCAGCACAACUCUGGCUGUCUAUGUCCUUCAGGGGCUGCUCCUGAUGCACGGUCUAGUGGAGGAUGAAUUCUUUGAGAAACCAACGUUGAGCAUUGCAAAAAACCACAUUGUCCUCUUACCAGGAGACACCCUCAAAAUAAAAUGCAGGGGAGCACCAUCUGUGAGCUGGCUUCUGAGGGGGGACCAGAAGGAAGACCCUCGGGUGGACAUCAGUAAUUGUGGCAAUAACAGCACGAGGCAGAACUGCAGCAUGCUUGUCAUCAGGAAACUCAUAGCCAAUGACACAGGUUACUUCACCUGCAUCCAUGAUGAUGACCCAUCUAAUGAGGAUCUCAUGGCCAAGAUUUAUGUGUUUGUUAAAGACUACAGACAUCCAUUUGUGGAGAUUCACCCGGAACAUCCUGAAAUAAUCUACAUUUUAGAUGCUAAGAAAACAGUUGUUGUCCCUUGCCGAGUUACCUCACCAGAUAUCAGACCUAAGCUCAGCCAGUACCCUUAUUCAGUAGAGAUGAACUUCAAGUGGGACCCGAGAAGAGGAUUUGUCAUCCCCUCUCAUGCCUUUGUUUACUCUGGAGUACUCACAUGCACCGCCAACGUCAAUGGAACUGUGUUCACCUCCUAUUACCUAGCUCAGAGACUGGAGGGCAGAGUACAGAACCUGGCUCUGAAAGCAACUCCCAAAAAACUGCUGGUUGGAGAAACUCUCUAUCUGGAAUGCAGAGCAGAAACCUUCAUCAAUGGGCGCAUUGAGCUCAUCUGGACAUGUCCCAAUGGGAGGCACCCAUAUCCUAGAAGAACAAUAGACCAGAGUGGCAUGGUGUAUAAGGUUGGCAGUAGCCUGACAAUUGAAAAUGUCACCAUGCAAGAUGGAGGCCUGUACGUAUGCAAAACGUUCAAUGUAACAAGGUUGGAGGCCAACGUCACAGUGACAGUGUAUGACAAACCUUUCCUUAUGGUUUCACACAAGAAAGGGCCUUACUAUGAGAUUACAUCAGGCCACAAGUCACUGAAACUAGCUGCAAAGGUGGAUGCCUUUCCUCGUCCAAGUGUCACCUGGUACAAAGAUGGCAAAGUAAUCAUGGACAACCACACUUGUUAUGAGCCUGAUCCAACGAAGUACCGACUGGGCAUAAGAGACGUGAGACCAAAGCACGCUGGGAACUACACCAUCGUCUUGAGCAAUGCAAAGUAUGGCCUCUAUAAGAACCUGACCAUGCAGCUGGUAGUGACAGAGAGACCCAAAAUCUAUGAAAAGGAAACUGAUUUUGACAAGAUCGAGCGGGUGGAAUUAAGAAGCAAACACAAGAUCCAGUGCACCGUGAGUGGGAAUCCUGACCCCAAGGUUGAGUGGAAGUGGCAGCCCUGCAGCCUCACAGACACGCUAUGCAAACCCGAUGGGCAAAAAAUUGUGGUUCAGGAGAACAUGUUCAUAGGAAACAGGAUCAGAAGCAUCGAAAACAUAACUGUGAAGCAUGGAGAUAAAAGAAAGAUUGUGAGCACACUAACCAUGGAAAACAGCAGCACAUCAGGAAUCUAUUACUGUGUGGCUUCAAACAAAAUUGGUGAAGAGGAGAGGAGCAUUGAGUUCUAUGUCUCAGAUGUGCCGUUUGGGUUGCAAACAGACCCACGAGUCACAACCAUCGUGGGGAAUGAUGUUCAGCUGAUCUGCAGGGCCUCCAAGUACAUCUACAGCCACCUGGCCUGGUACUACCCCUCCUCAGAGAUGGCCCUCAGUGAUUCAGUGAUCAAGAAAACUGACAACUAUUCCAUUUCUUUGACACUGGUCAUGACUAAUGUCACCAAGGAACAGAGCGGCCUCUACAAGUGCAGAGCUCAGAACCAGCACAACAGCACCGACACACUCGAGCAGACCACCCAGCUCCAUGUCAGAGCAAAGGCAGCACCAUAUGUGAUACAAAACCUCACGGAUCUGGAGGUUAACAUCAGUGGCAAGAUCGUGCUGGAGUGCAAAGUCAAUGGAACCCCAGACCCUCAGAUCACGUGGAAGAAGAACGGCUACCCCAUUUCAGCAGCAUCAGGAAUUUCCAUGGAAAACAACACCCUGGUCAUCGAGCGAGUGAAAAAGGAUGAUGAAGGGCUCUAUGAAUGCAAGGCAUCCAAUGACAUGGGCCAAGACAGCACGUCAGCCUUCAUCAAAAUCCAAGGUUCUGAGGAGAAAUCCAACAUUGAAGUUAUCAUUCUGGUCUGCACUGGUCUAGCUGCUACCCUCUUCUGGCUUCUUCUGACCCUCUUCAUUCGGAAACUGAGAAAACCUGAUGCCACAGACAUUAAAACAGGAUACCUGUCAAUUAUCAUGGAUCCAGAGGAGAUGCCUCUUGAUGAGCAGUGCGACCGACUUCCUUACGACAGCAGCAAAUGGGAAUUCCCAAGAGACAGGCUGCGGCUGGGUAAAACACUGGGUCAUGGUGCUUUUGGGAAGGUGGUGGAGGCGUCUGCUUUUGGCAUUGAUAAAUCUUCAACCUGCAAAACAGUUGCCGUAAAAAUGCUUAAAGCAGAAUGUGCAACUACUAACGAAUGCAAGGCUUUGAUGUCCGAACUGAAGAUCCUCAUCCACAUAGGACAUCAUCUGAAUGUAGUUAACCUGCUGGGAGCCUGCACCAAAGCUGGAGGUCCUUUAAUGGUCAUAGUGGAAUACUGCAAAUAUGGCAACCUGUCCAACUACCUAAGAGGAAAACGAGGAGAUUUCAUUGCCUACAAGUCCCAGGAAAACUCAGACCAAGGAGAGAAAAGUCUGGAUGAGUCCAAUAGUGAUUUGACUGAACUGAUCAAGAGGCGCCUUGAGAGCGUAGCCAGCACAGGAAGUUCUGCCAGCUCUGGAUUUAUUGAAGACAAGAGUUACAGCGAUUCAGAAGAUGAUGAAGAAGAUGCUGAGGAUCUGUACAAGAGGCCUUUGACUUUGGAGGACCUGAUUUGCUACAGCUUCCAAGUGGCAAAAGGCAUGGAGUUUCUCGCCUCCCGAAAAUGCAUUCACCGGGAUUUGGCAGCAAGGAACAUCCUUCUUUCAGAGAACAACGUGGUUAAGAUCUGUGACUUCGGGCUAGCCAGGGAUAUUUAUAAGGACCCUGACUACGUACGGAAAGGAGAUGCAAGGCUUCCACUCAAAUGGAUGGCUCCAGAAGCUAUUUUUGACAAAAUUUACACAACCCAGAGUGACGUGUGGUCUUUUGGAGUGCUGCUAUGGGAAAUAUUUUCUCUAGGUGCCUCACCAUACCCCGGAGUGCAGAUAGAUGAGGACUUUUGCCGACGGCUCAAAGAAGGAACUCGGAUGAGAUCUCCAGAGUACUCUACUCCAGAAGUCUACCAGACAAUGCUGGACUGUUGGCAUGGAGUACCCACAGAGAGGCCCACAUUCACAGAGCUCGUGGAACGCUUAGGAGACCUUCUUCAAGCCAACGUGCAGCAGGAUGGGAAAGACUAUAUUCCACUGAAUAUCACCUUGUGUCCUGAUGGAGAAUCAAACUCCAAAACUUGCCCUGUAGAAGAAAACCUGAACAACUGUGUUAAUCGCUGGAGUGCAGUGGAAACUGGUAACAACAACAAGAAGCGACCACUGAGUGUGAAGACAUUUGAUGAGGUGCCAGUGGAAAAGCAGAAAGUGGUGCAUGAGGAGUCAGACAGCGGGAUGGUGCUGACCUCAGAGGAGAUCAAAAGCCCCAAGAGGCUGGAAAUCCGCUCCUGGCCUUACGGAAUCAUGGCUCUAGCGCGGAGAGCAGUGAGCAAGAGCAAAGAAUCCAUAUUGUCUGACCACGAGCGUGAGGCUGUCAAAUACCAGCCAGCAGUGCAGGUAGAAGAGGACACCCUGGACUUCACACUGGAAGACUCUGUUCUCCUUCCAAUGGAUCCAAAUCUGGAAUGCCACAGCCCACCUCCAGAUUACAACUCUGUCAUUCACUACUCAUCCCCUCCAGUGUAACCAGCCCAACCUGACACUGGGCAUCUUGCUCCUCUCAACCACACUAGAUUGACAUGCCUCCAUGCCUGGAUAAAGAGGCUAGGUGACAACAGAAGGGAAAUCUGACAGGAUGAUGGUUCAUAUGUUUCUUCUGGCACAUCUCUGAUGUGAAGAGAAACAUUUUAAGAGCAUCUUCUUUGCUGUCUCUAAAUGUCUAUUGCAGAAUUAAAGUUCUGCCUAUCAGAACCAUCAGUAGGAGCUGUAACCCUGAAAUGUUUCCACUCCUUCCUCCCCUAGCUGGGGCUGUUCAUUGGCACAUGCAGAAUUACAAGUUCUUUCUUGCACAUUUUACUCCAUAAGAGUCACCAAGAGUCAUGUCAAGCUAGCUGUGAAGCUGUGAAAACAGGAUUUAUUCUACUGGUCCUGCACACAUCCUGCAGGGAUCAUUUAGUAGGAUGCUGUAAGGGAUCAGGUGAAAACACCACAAAUGGUUUGAGUUUGGAAAUAUCCCAAACUGAAACAACAUUCCUAACAAGUAUUUUGAAAUUCAGAGUAUUUUAGUUACAAUUUGUGAUUGAAUCAUUUCCACUACCCAUAGAAUACCCUCCUGAAAAAAAAAAUUAUACGGCACAGGAAAAGGAGAUAGCACUCCUGUAAAAUUUUGGGCCAUCAGGGCAGUCAAUGUGGUUAAAUCUGUUUCCCUGUGUUUUCUCCUUGUUAAAACAGCAAUUUAUUUAGCACACGUGC